AUGUCCUGCUACAACCCGUGCCUGCCCUGCCAGCCCUGCGGCCCAACGCCGCUGGCCAACAGCUGCCCGCUGGCCAACAGCUGCAAUGAGCCCUGUGUCCAGCAGUGCCAGGACUCCAGAGUCGUCAUCCAGCCCUCCCCUGUGGUGGUGACCCUGCCCGGACCCAUCCUCAGCUCCUUCCCACAGAACACCGCCGUGGGCAACUCCACCUCUGCUGCCGUUGGCAGCAUCCUGAGCUCGGAGGGAGUGCCCAUCAACUCUGGGGGCUUUGGCCUCUCUGGCAUUGGUGGUCGCUACUGUGGCAGGAGGUGCCUCCCCUGUUAA